AUGUUUCCAUUAAGUAUAAUUGUUAUUGGAAACAUUGCACUUAUCAUUCGUGUUCUUGUUCAAAAGACGCACAUGAAACGCCAACGUCGACUUGGUUUAUGGCGACGCAACUUUCGAAUGAUUAGUCAACUGAUGUUCAUAGCUAUUCUAUAUAUGAGCAUAUAUGUUCCAUCAUGUAUUUUAUUAAUAUUUGGUAGUUAUGUUCAAGGUGGUCGGUUGCAACCAUGGGCUACAAGUGUGCGAAUUCGUUAUUUUACUCAUUUAAAAUAUUUAGUGAUAUUUGGAUGUCCAUUUGUAGUACUUUUUGGACAAAAAGAAUUGCAUGAAAUGAUUAAAAGAUGCUUCUAUCCAGUUGGACGACCACCAUGGCGAGUACGAUGGAAAACUCAAACAUUUCCUAUGACGACAGUGCCCACUAUAAUGAACGGUACUACAUUAAUGUAA